AUGCUGAGCGCGAAGCCAGAGAACGCAGAUGGGAGCACGGACGGUGCACCUGGGGUCAAGGACAUGCCAUGUCAGCAGAGACCUCUCGCAACCCCAUGCCGGUCUGAGCCCAGCAAGUUGCCUAUGGUUAAGAGGGAGCGUGUGGAAACUGAGAAUGGCUCAGAGUCACAGGCUGCAGGUCCAAGUUCUGAGCCUCUUGCAAAGCGGCCCCGCAGGCAGCAGACACGCCAGGACAGACCUUCCGAGCAGUCGUGGGGUGGAGUGAGUACUUUGCGCGUGCAGACACAGGAGUUGCUGGCGCUGGCUGCGAAGGCGAGGAUUCGCCGCAUGAUCCAGCCCAAAAUCCGGCGGACCGAUCUCAAUGUGCCGGACUUUGUAAAGAAGCACUGGGACUCCGGAACGAAGGCCAAGGACGAGCUGGCGCAGAUGCUCAAAGAUGCAAACUUCGAGCGUGAAGCUCUGAUGAUAGUGGUCAAGAAGGAGAAGUACUCCAUGACAGUCGAAGAAGGGUGGUUUGCAGAAGAAGAACUAAGAGAUGAGUUGGGGUGGUCAGCUACGAAGAUUGCCGGGGCCAUCAAGCACUGCAUGGCCAACAAAGAAACCCAUGUCAGGUCCAAUCUCUACGAUGGGGCCCUCGAAUAUUGGGUGAAGAUCAGGGGCGGGCCGGUGGUGAUGCCGGAGAACUUCUGCAAGAACCUGGGCGGGGUGGAGCAGCGGGCGCUGGCAGACAAGAAGGAUGCAAACAAGGCAGAGGACGACACCAAGAACGCGAAAUUCACCCAGACUGCGGAAGCACUCAACAAGUACAUUGACUCCCUGAACACGCGAUCGGGUAAACUUCGGGGAUUGGUCAACGACCUGCGGAAGAACUACUCUGCCCAGGAGACAAGCAAGCCCAUUGCUGACCUGGAGAAGGAGAUCCAGGCCCUCGAUUACCACUACGAGUUGUGCGUUGAGGCCAAGACGAAAGGCGAACUUGAAGGCCUCAAGCAGGAGCUUCUCGCCUGA